AUGACAACCUACGAGGAAGUCUUUAAAUCGUAUCAUAGGGCCCCAGAAUUUGUAGGUUUCAUACCUCUAGAGUCACAAGGCCUCUACGGAGCAGUUGCUUUGAUCGUGGGCUUGAUCUUUACGACUUUAGCGCUUACAGUACCUGCAAAGGCUUCAGGCUUGCGGUUGGUAGUGCAAUUUCUCAAAUACGCGUUGAUGAGCCUGGUGGGAAGCAUAUUUUUGGGUCUGGCCGCUGUGUUCUUAAGCGAUUCUUUUGGUGUUUACGCAUGA